CUGGAUGCACCUGCAGGCCCUGGACGCACCUGCUGACCCUGGAUGCACCUGUGGGCCCUGGAUGCACCUGCCGGCCCUAGACAUACCUGCUGGCCCUGGAUGCACCUGCCGACUCUGGACGCACCUGCUGACCCUGGACGCACCUGCUGACCCUGGACGCACCUGCUGACCCUGGAUGCACCUGCGGACCCUGGAUGCACCUGCGGGCCCUGGAUGCACCUGUGGGCCCUGGAUGCACCCGCCGGCCCUAGACAUACCUGCUGGCUCUGGAUGCAACUGCUGACCCUGGACGCACCUGCCAGCCCUGGACGCACCCGCGGGCACUGGACGCACCUGUUGACCCUAGAUGCACCUGCGGGCCCUGGACUCCCGUCGGCCCUGGACGCACCUGCUGCUCCUACACCCCCCUUGCCGUCCUUCCACCUGGCUGAACGUGGCCGCACCCCAGCCACCCCCCCCCCGGGGGAGAAUGGUGUUGUUCCCCCAAUGGGUGUAUUGGGUGCUGUGAGGGCUUUUGUCUCUGUGAAUGCAAAUGCGCGCUGCGAUGUGUCUCCAUGGCCACACUUGGAAGGAACCCUUGACAGUGUGAGAGCGGCCGAAGAAACGUUCGUGUUGAAAGCCGAGCGGCUUCCGUUCCAGGAGACGCGCCCCCAGAGCCCGUGAGAGCCCCCUCGCGUGCCGCGUGGCCGCCUUGGCUGUGACCGUGACCCGAAGCCACCCGAAGCCUGUCACUGCAGCCACGGCCUGGACAAAGGAAGUAUUCUGGAUGGAUGGCUGCUGGAAACCCAUUGCCAUAGCCAGCUCUUCUUCAAUACUUAAGGAUUUACCCUGCAUUGAGUAAUGAGAAUUUCGAAACCACAUUUGAGAAGUACUUCCAUCCAGUGCUACUUGUGUUUACUUCUGAACAGUCAUUUUCUAACUGAGGCUGGCAUUCAUGUCUUCAUUUUGGGCUGUAUCAGCGUAGGUCUUCCCAAAACAGAGGCAAAUUGGCAGGACGUGAUACUUGAUUUGGAAAAAAUUGACAAUCUUAUUCAAUCUAUACAUAUGGAUACCACUCUGUAUACUGAAAGUGAUGUGCAUCCCAGUUGCAAAGUAACCGCGAUGAAGUGCUUUCUCCUGGAGUUAGGUGUUAUCUCGCUCGAGUCCGGCAGUAAUCCCAUUAAGGAAGCAGUAGAGAACCUCAUCAUCCUCGCAAACAGUGAUCUGUCUUCGAAGGGGAAUAUAACUGAAACGGGAUGCAAAGAAUGUGAAGAACUGGAGGAAAAGAGUAUUAAGGAGUUUUUGCAGAGUUUCGUGCAUAUCGUACAAAUGUUCAUCAACUCCUCUUGAUGGCAAAGGAUCCUCUUCGGCAUUUCUGCAAUUAACCAGCGUCUUCCCACGGCUCGAAGGCCGUGAAACCCUCUGCAGGUCUCUCGGGCCGCCCGAACGAAUUUUUCUAACGAGAGGAUGAUCCGGAAUCUCGGGUCGGAUGAACUCUUAGAAAGUGAAGGCAGAAAAAUGGCAUCGAGUGACGUGUCCGUGAACUGUCCUCGUGCUGAUUUUGUUCAUUCAUUCUUAAUUUAUUACCGACAUUGUACAUAUCUGUAGCAUACUAUAGAGCAUUGAAUAAAAUCGUGUACAUACAUACCCAAUGUCCUUCGGAAUUGCACUGAUAUUCACCCCUUAUAAGAAAACGGGGGGUCGCUCGUUCAUGGGUGACGGGCGCAUCGCGCAGCGCCCUACCUCCACCAGUACGGAGAACCGUGUAUAGAAAGCCCGUGAUGGUAAUGAGGUUUAUAUUUCACGCUUUCCCGAGUGUACGUAUUCUAUUUUCACAUUUUUUUUGCCGCGUUUGUAUGAUAAUAAUAAGGAAAAGCCUGUUGAUUCGUGAGAGCCAGCAGUAUCCGACAGACAAUAAUUGUUUAUAUAUUUUUGCACUGUACUGUCUGAGACUUACAAGCUCUUUUUUUUU